GAGCGCACCGCCGAAUCGGUUCGGCGGCUGCUUUCCGUGAAUAUCUCCGCAUCCCGCAUCGAAGCGGAGAUCCUGGCAAAGGUGCAGAACAGCCGAAAGCGUUUCACGCUGGACCUGACGCUUUUCGACGAGACCAUCCCCCAUGCCUCAGGCUGGGUGGUGGAGUUUCGAAAAGC